AUGGAUGACGGCGAGGACCUGAUCAGCACCCUCCCGGACUGCCUCCUCGGCGAGAUCGUCACCCGCCUCCCCACCGCCGACGCCGUCCGCGUCCAGGUCCUCUCCACCCGGUGGCGCCACAUCUGGCGCUCCUGCCCGCUCAACCUCGAUCUCCGUUCCACAAACCACCGCGACUACAAUCGUCGCGUGUCCAGCAUCCUCGCGGCCCACACUGGCUCCGGCCGCCGCCUCAAAAUCGAGUGGCCGCACAACAGCGGCGAGUUCUACAACAACAACAGCUGGCUGUGGUCGCCCGUCCUCAACGGCCUCCAGGAGCUCGAGAUCGAGCCAGGGUACGAUCGCAAUUGGAACAACACGAGCCCACUGCCGGAGCGGGUAUUAUUCCACUUCGCUUCCACGCUGCUCAUCCUAAGGAUCGGCUACCACACCUUCCCUUCCGCGGCCGCCAUGGCGUCGCUCCGGCUCCCGCACCUGGAGCUCAUCUCGUUCUGCUGCGUGGACAUCUCGGAAGGCACGCUCCACGGGGUGCUCGCCGGCUGCCCUGUGCUCAAAACCCUCGUUCUCAACAGCUGCACCGGCUUCGCCACUGUCCGGAUCAACUCACCCACCAUUACAGGCUUCGCCAUCUCACCUGCGGAUUCAUCCAGAACGAACAACUACUCGUACGACUAUGACUCGGACGACCACUAUUACGAAAAUCCGAGGGUAAAUCAGACGGUGAGGCUGACGACGUCGCAGGUCAUCAUUGAGGAUGCGCCUCUCCUAGAGAAGCUGCUGGUCCCCUGUCGCCGCCGCUCGGCUACUGCUGAAUCUUUCCGGCUUCUUCGAGUCGUCAGCGCUCCCAGGCUCAGGGUCCUGGGAUCCCUGUCCUCCGCCAUCCCCAAGUUGCAGAUUGGCGGCACCGUCUUUGAACCCACCACCCGCUGUGUCAACCAUGUGAGACCUGACAGUGUUAUUAUCAAGGAGAAGCGCUUGCUGAUGCAGGCCGUCAUGCUGGCAACGACGCUGCGAACUGUCAAGAUUUUGGCUCUGGAAGAUGUGGACUCUGUUGAUGUCCUCACCAACUUCUUGAAGUGUUUUCCAUGCUUGCAUAAGCUAUACAUCUCGGCAUCACGAGGAUUCAGAAGUGCGGCAAGCUAUGAUAAACAAAAUCCCAUCGAGUGCCUUGAGCAUCAUCUUAAAAUGGUAGCAUUAGAUGGAUACGAAGGCAAAAGAACACAUGUCAAGUUCGCCAAAUUCUUUGUUCGAAAUGCCCGGUUGCUAGAGUUAAUGAAGUUCAGAAUCUUUAGAAACUACCACUGUGAACCUGGGACCACCAAGGAAUGGAUUGCGGAUCAGCAAAGGCAGCUACAUGUCAGGAGCAUGGCUUCCCGACAUGUUAAGUUUCAUUUUGUACAUGAUGCUAGAUAUUAUCAAGUUGUUUACUGUGGCGAGGAUAUCAGUGACCUGUCAGAGCACAUCCAUGAUUCCUCAAGAGAUGACCCAUUUGAUCAAUGGUUUGAAUCAGAGAAGGAAGCCCUGGCAUGCUGA